AUUACUCUUCCAUUUUUACUGUUUUUCUUUGAAAAUGGCUAAAUCAGUGUUGCUUGUUUUAAUGGUGUUGAUAGCAUUUUAUAGUUGCUCAUGUUCAGCCAUAUCUUGUAGCGGUUUAACUCUGGAUUUGUUCCCAUGUUUACCUUAUUUAAGAGGUCGAGGAGGAGAUCCAAGUUCAAUUUGUUGCAAUGAAAUAAAGCACCUGAAUUCAGCAAUCAGAGGCAAACAAGCAAGACAAGCUGCAUGCAGAUGUAUUUUGCAGCAGGGCAAAUUCUAUCAUAUCAAUUGGAACAAUGCAAAACAACUUCCAGGGUUUUGCAAAGUUAAUCUUCCAGUUCCCGUUUCUCCCAACACAGAUUGCUCACGAGUUUCUUAAAAUUUUAAAAGGGUUUUUGGAGAAUAGAUUUCUUCAACAAUAAAGGUUUUUGCAAAAGAACCAGUGAAGAAUAAGGGUACUUUUGAUAGUAUGAAUUUCUGUAAAAAUGAAAAAAGUUACAGGGGAGGACUCGAGAGUUAAAGGUUCUUUUCAAUAAUAAGUCUUUUUGAAAGACAAGAUUUUAUCAAUGAUAAGAAUUUCUGUUAAAAAAGUUGCAGGAGGAGGACUCAGAGAGUUAAGGUUCUUUUGAAAGACAAGAUUUUAUCAAUGAUCAAGGAAUAAAAGUUUAAAGGUUUUUUUUCUUUUACUGAGUUAUGGCAGUGAUUUUCUGCUGUUGGUGUUUUUGAAUCUCUAUGUUGCUGUUCUACAGCCGUUCUCUGUAAUUCUUAAUCUUAAUUCAAU